GAGUUUGGACCAAAGAUGGGAAGAGAGAUUUUGAUGUUCACUCGACUUAUUCGUGCUUCUGAAUUAGUUGGAAUGGAUUGUGUAGAACAGUAUAGUCCACAUAGAGUAUCAAUGCAAUUUGGAUUUGAUCAAGAUGUGCCCGGUUGUGUGAAUCAUGCUUGGAGAGACUAUGACAGACCAAUCAAAGAUGCCAACCUCUAUAUACCUUCUAGGCUCUUCGAGUCAGAUGUCAGCAGCCAAUACUUGGAGUGGUGGAAGAACCAAAAUGUUGCACCUGAGGAUGCAGCUAAAACUCGUGAAAGGAUGCCAAGAAUGUCGUGGGGACAUCACGGAAAGAUUAAUGCCUCUGCAUGUUGUGAUUUUUUGCAGAAUGGUGAUGAGGUUAGCAAAGAUGGUAGUUUUCAGGAUUGUGAAAUGAGAGCUGUAGAAUCAUCAUCAGAUGAUGACAAUAUACCAAUUUCGGAAUCUUUACACAAGAGGAAGCUCAUGAAGAAAGAGAGUACUCUACCUGGUAGUCAAGAACCCGUUGUUAGCACCCAAAGCCAAUCUUCUUCAGCUUCAAAUGAUGGAACUGCUAGAGAAAGGGAGACUAUAUUGGAAUCAAAACUAUUAAACGAGAAGCUUGAGACUUCAAAUGGAAAAUCAGAGGAAUUAGAUGAACAUGAGGCACAUGUAGUUAAAGAAAUGGUGCCACUAGAGAGCAAGGACAAGAAUUACAAAGAUGUCUCUAAGCUCAACUUGCCUGAUAAUUUAGAACUUGCAAGAAAGGGUCCAGAUGCAAGUGGUAGAUAUGCAGAAUUUUCGAGCAAAACUUCUGUGGAAGCACCUAAGGUAACUGCAAAAGGCAGGACCAACAUAACGGAAGGAAAUAUGGAGACGGGAAACACUAACCACCAUGAGAAUGUGAACAAUAGAUAUGAAAUGACUGAUAUUCUGAAACUUGAGAUGAGGAUUAGAAACCUUGAAAACAUUAAUGCUGGAAAGGUUCCAAGAUUCAGGACAAGGGAGUGGCUGUUGUGAAUGCAAAGUCAAGAUUACAGAUAACUUCGCCUAUGCUAAUUUUUUCACUCUCCCCUGGAGUUCAUCUAGCACUGUUAGGUUCCCCAUUUGAAUUACUGCUUCCAUAUCUACAAUCAUGAAGUUCAAAUAAUUUGCUUGAUUGCUAGUAACUGGCACAUGAAACACUUUGUGGAAUAUUAUUAUAACUCGUGUGACUAUCUGCAUGCAUCUUCUAUAAUUGAAAUAACCACUGCUGUGUUUCACUUCACUCGUCAAUUCUCAUCCUCUCAUUGUGCUAAAAAUGGUUUAAACCUGCAUGAUUGCUUUUGUUCCAGUAUAUCAAGUUACUCUGAACUCUGAGUUCUUUUUUAAUUCCUUUUCCUUCUUCAAACAAAGCAAGUUGAGUAAUGAAAAUCUCCUUUAUGGUGUGGAGACUGGAGAGUAAUUAGAAGUAAAAUUCCGGUGGGUGAGGUAAUAUUGAACUUUGGCCAUCUUCUUGUCUCAAAGUGUACUUGUUGCAUAUAGAAAAAACUAUUGGGCGUGUCUUUGUUUCAGGGGAUAUUGCAAGACAGGUAUGGAGCUAUUUUGCAGGAUCAUUUGGCAUAUCCAGAGAAUUUAAAUGGAGAAACAUGGUUGUUCUUCUUGUUACCAUUCAAAAAAAAAAAAAAAAAAAACAUGGUCAUUCAAGAUUUAUAUAGCCGGGUCCAACUUGUUUGAGACUUAGGCGUAGUAAUCGUUAUUGUUGCAGUAUUAGGCAUAGCCAGACAGGGGCACACGCUUGGUACAAUGUUAAAGGUUAAUGCUCAAUUUCAAGAAUCAUUCAUGACAUUAUUUUCCACUUGAAGAUAUUCUCGAAGAGGAGAUGGUCAAGGAUAUAAAUUAGGUGGUUUUGGAAUAGAAUAUUCAGAAAAAUAGAAGUAUGUUAUGGAAGAAACCAUAGUAGUAAUGCAACUAGGAGGACUGCAGAUAGGAGAAUUAUUAGGAUUUUUUUUUUUUGGAGAAUUUGUACCAAGAAUUAGUCCUGAUCAUAGGAGAAUUGUGCACAUUUUUUUUUGAUUAACUAUCAGAUAUCCCUAACCCACUGGCCAGACUAAUUUGGAUUUGCAUUUGAAACCGAGACAUCUGAUUAAGAGUUGAGAAAUUCCAACCAUCCCACUACACCCCCCAGUGGUCAGUACUCCUACAUAACUGAAAGAAAUAUGGAGAUGGGAAACAUUAAUAACUAUGAGAAACGGAGCUACCGAAACUUGAGAUGUGGAUUAGCUCAUUCUUCUAUUAGGUUCUCUUGUAACUAUCUCAACUUUAGUGAAAAUUUUACACUUGACUUAUAUUUCAGUUCACUUGUUUGUAUUCCAGGUUGCUGACUGUUUUGCAUAUUAACAACCA